AAACGAUCAACAACGUUCUCAUGAACGACACAGGAGACAACGACUCGGACGACACGGGGCACGAUAUCGUGCUCAGCCGAGAAGACUACGAGCUACUCCACGCGUUUCACCGGUUGAUUCCACUGCCGGCGCUGUCGUCCGGCAUCACUCGACUUCUUUGCGACGAAGACCUGCAAGUCCCCGACGACGAUGUUGACUGUACUUCUUCUACCGCGGCUACGCCGUCCAUGAAGAAGCGCACGUCCCAUGUGGAAACAAUGCGCCAACUGCGAGAACCGCCGACCAAGCCCCGCCAGGAGACUGACCUGACCAAGCUCACCACCCGUCGGCAGCCAGAACAGCUGCGACCAGAAAGCUCGUAGAAAUAUACUUAACUGUAAAGUAGUCGAGUUUUUCAAAAUCUA